AAGAUUUUGCUCAGCAAAAAAGAAAAAUGGAACUCGCUCAAAAGAAUGCUUUUAAAGCACAGCAAAAAUUGGAAGAGUUGGAAGAGGUAGUUGAGCACACCGAGUAUCAGAUUAAGAGCUUAAAGCGUCAAAAAUCACUCGCUGUCGAAAGUGGCCAGUUUCAAAAUGCUGCAAUCGCGGCAGAGCGUAUUAAAUCUUCUCAAAACUUGCUGGAGAGUGUCUCAAAGAAGCGCGACACCCAACAUGAAGAGUCUAAACAUUGUCAGUCAAUUUUAUGCGAAUAUAAAGAUGAGAUGUCUAAACUAGAAAAAGAGUAUAAAGAGUUAAUCAAACUUGCAGGAACAAGUAUCAUUGAGAUAUUGGAAAACGCAAAGUCAAGUCUACAGAAAGCCAACUCUUUGCUUCUCCACUCAAAUUACCCUGGGCUGCAUGUGGUCAUAAACCAUGAAAUUGAAAAAAUCGCGAAACACAUACAAUCAGCCUAUGUUUAUUUGCAAAACUCAUCAGAUAGUUCCGAAACCCCAUUAAGCCCAUCAUUGAUAUCUUAUUAGAAACAAUGUAUAAGAAUAAGAUAAGACUUGAUACCGAAAUAAAUCAUCUACUGUAUUGGCUUACUGUAUUUU